AUUGAAGGAACAUAUUGAUUAUGUUAAUGAAAAACUUGAGGCACAGGCUUAUCUUUACAUAUUAAAAAACAAAUAUUUAAAUAUAUCUAUAGACAGUUCUUUGUUACAAAUAGAUAUUCGUAAUUUUAAUGGAAUAAAUAUGUACCCAAAGUAUAAGAAAUGGAGGUGCUUAUUAUGUGGGGAUUGGUUGAAUACAGAAGCUGAUAUUGUAACGCAUUGUCAGAAUAGAAAUCAUAUAAAAAAUAUAACGGGUCCUUUACGUGAUAAACAAUGUAUAAGAAAAAUUGAUGCGGAGAUACAAGCUAAUAAUGAUUUUUAUCAUUGCAUUAUUUGUAACAAACGCAUGCACGAGGCGUUGAUAGAUUAUCACAUUGUCGCCGAGGAUCAUAUAAUGAGAGUUGAACAAUCAUUGAUUUAUAAGAUGGAUCCUACGUGUUACAGUAUUACAUGUAGAAUUUGCGAGUUGUCCAUGUACGUUUACAAUUUCGCUAGCCACGAGAAAAGAAAAGAGCAUUUAAUGAAUUUGAAUAUUAGAAGGGCCUAAAAUUCAACAAACAUAUGAGUUUAUCAGCAAAGAAUAUAAACAUAUGUACUUAUAUGCCUAGUUACAAUGCUAAAAGAAAAUAACAACCUUGUCAUUUGUAGUUGAAGAAUUUGCAUGUAAUAUAUGAUUUUAAAUAUAUUUUUCA